UAACUCAACCUUUUGCCACCACUAUGAAACUGAGUUUUGCCCAAAACUAAAUAACCAAAUAAAUAGGGUAUUAGAACGAUAUUAUCAGGUUCAAACUUGAAAAACUUAGUUGUCCUGACAGCAAAACAGCCAGAAUCCGUUGAAAGUAGGCGGUGUCUGCACUGUUUUUCAACACCUAAACUGGCUGCCACAUCAGAUUCUCGAAAAAUGUCAAAAAAUUAAUAGUGAAGUGAAAUAAACAAUAGGAGAAGCGGCUGUGUGUGUUUCUCUUCAUUUCAAUGUAGUGGGCCUCCCUUGACUUGACCGCAACAUCAGCACCCGACAUCUUCGUUUCCUCUUUGCCGCAGCAUUCGAUCCGCCGCCGAUAAAAGAAUUCUGUGAAUAAUAUACACACACACACAUACGGUGAGAUAAGUGGAAUAUCUUUCGACCCAGAACGAUACAACAAUAUCCAACCAUUCGAAGCCGCAGGAACGUGGCAGCAAUUUAGAAACAAAACGAAUCCGAAUUCGAAAUGGCCCAAACAAACGUUAAUAUGGGCGGACACAUGCAGGUGCCGCAAGAAGGUGGUGGCAGGUUCUCUUUCGAUCUGAAUAGCCUGCCCAAACUCCAAAACUUGCCCUCUCCACUGGAGCUAAUACAGUUGGUCCGCAGCGCGAUGCGCCCCUGGUCAGUCUUCUUCAACGUUCACAACUUCAAGACGGCCGUCAGCAUGCCGCGUUUGACCAGCCGCGUGAAGCGCAAUCUCUCCUAUUUCCAAAGCAAUUACAUAUUCGUAUUUGUUGUGCUGAUGAUCUACUGCCUCAUUACAUCGCCGCUCAUAUUGCUGGUGUUGGCAGGUGCCGCCCUCCUAUGCCACAGGGUGCGUUCUCGCAAUGUAAACAUUACCGUGAUGGGCACUCAAAUGACGCCGCGUCAACAGCUCAUUGCCGUUAACCUAGGGGCGACGCCCUUGCUCUUUCUGGUGGGUGCAGGCGCACUACUAUUCUGGACACUGGGGGCCUCCUUUUUUGUCAUAGCCUUUCACGCGAUAUUCUACAAUAUCGACGCUAUUGUGACGGAGGAAAAUGAGGGCUUUCUAGCCGAAGUUGUCUGACCUCCAACCACAACUUGAAUCUUGAUAGAAUCUUUCAAAGCAGAAGCAAAGAAUUUGCCGCAAAGGGGCCUUAUUAGUGGAUAAACAGCAAUAUACGAUACAAACACGUAUUUAUAACGAAUUUUAGUUAAGUUUUCUUAGUCUAACCAUCGUAGACUUACAAUAAAAACCAAACAAACACA